AUGUGGUCGACGGCGUUCACGUCGUCGCGGAGCCACUUCGUGGAGACGGCGCGCGUGGGCAUCCAGGCGGAGCCGCCGUCGCAGGCGCGGUCCAAGGCGUCCGAGGCCGCCGUGGCCGAGGCGCUGCGCCUGGCGCUCGGCGACAACUCCAAGUUCCGGCUCAUCCUCGUGGACCGGGGCGCCGAGGGGAGCGUGCGCACGGUGCUGCGGCCCGAGGAGAUCGUCGUCGACGAGGACUCGCCGCUGGCGCCCAAGGACCCGCCGCCGCCGCGGAGCGAGCUCGUCGUCGUCGCGCGCCUCGGCGGCGACUGCCACCGGACGUCGGACGCGUGCGUCGUGCAGACGAGGCGCAUCCUCGACGGCCUGGGCGUCGCGAAGCUCGACGGGCUGUGCGUGCCCUGGCCCGCGGCGCUCGGCGACGGCGGCAACGACCCCUACCACGUGUCCGCGGACGUGAAGCGGCAGAAGCGGCUCUUCCUGCGGACGUGGAAGAACCUCCAGCCCCUCGUCGAGGCGGGGUCCGUCCGCUGGCUCGGCACGGAGAUGCUCGAGACCUGGCAGCUCGAGCGCCUCAUCGAGGCCGUCGCGCCGGAGCAGCGGCCCGCGUUCAACGGGGCGGCAAAAGAGAGCGACGUGUUCAACCUCGUGUCGCUGAACCUCGUCGAGCCGCGGCGGCGGACGGUGACCUGGUGCCAGAGCCGGGGCAUCGAGGUGCUGGCGCUGCUGGACACGACGCUGAACAAGCUGAGGGCCGGCGUCGAGAAGGAGACGUUCAAGACGCUCCAGGGCGCGCUGGGCCUCGACGAGGCGACGAUCAUCCUGCGGUGGGCGCUCCAGCGCGGCGUCGUCGCGUUCCCGACGCUGCGGCGCGUCAUCGACGAGGGCUCGGCGCUGACGUCCGCGAAGAAGUACGAGGCCUGGGUCGCCAAGCUCCAGGGCAUCCUCCGCGCGCGGACGCUCCACAUCCACUCGCCCACGGAGGAGCGGCGCGUGCACCUCAGCGUCGAGUCGCUCGCGACGCUCGCGACGCUGGACCGCGAGUACAACGACAAGGAGCGCCGCUACAACGAGAUGAUCGCCGCGAAGACCAAGGCGAAGCUCAAGCCCAUGCGCACGGCCGCCAAGGCCACCCAGGGCAUGAACGCGUUCGCCGGCGGCGUCUCCAAGCUCCUCGUCAAGGCGCCGGCGGAGGACGACGAGGAGAAGGAGAUGGAGAGCGCCUUCUAA